AUGCUGGAAGCGAGCAGCGCCUGCCCGCUGGGCGGCCUGAGUAAAGUGGUCAAGCUGGAGGAGUGGGCGGCAGCGGGUCCCCCGGGCUACCGCUACCAGCACCACCACCACCACCACCAGGGCGGGGCCGGCGCGGCGUCGGCGAGGCAGGUGGCCCGCUACGCCUGCCCGCCCGCCGGGGGCGCAGCGGGCCCCGGGGAGGCGCUGAAGGCCUCUCCGGGGCCCGUCGACACUUCGCUCCUGGCCAGCUUCAGGGACAGGUACCUGGGCGCUGCCGCCCCGCCGUUCGGCGGCAUGGGACCCUUCCUGGGACCUCCUCCGCCCCCUCCUCCGACGGCGUCAUUCCUGGGGCCUGCCGACACCAGCAAGGGGCUGCCGGACCCUCGAAGGAUCUCGGGCAAGGGCUCGUCGAGCAACAGUCCCCCGAGUCCCCCGGACGGGGCCCUGGCUCCUCAUCCGGGCACGCGUCCUCUGCUGUCAAAGCUUACACUGUCCUCGGGGUCGGACUCUUGGGGCUCAAGGGAGAGUACUGUGGGCGGUGGGAGCGGGAACAAUGACGGCGGGGGAAGAGGAGGAAAAUCAUAUCCGACUAGCCUGGACAACCAUCCCCUCAUGCUGACCAAAGACGAGACCUCGUACAAGGCCGCAUGGGGCUCACCGUCACCGACUCAAGCACAAGGUUACCCACACGGCGCCCUGCCAGCUAUGCCCAAGAAUGCUCUAGACGCUCACACCCACAACCAUCUGCGCAACAUGCAAGACCCCUACCAGGUGUUUGGACCAACGAGUAGCCGCUUGGCCAGUUCAGGCAGCGGCCAGAUCCAGCUGUGGCAGUUCCUCCUCGAGCUGCUUUCGGACAGCAGUAACGCCAGCUGCAUCACCUGGGAAGGCACCAACGGCGAGUUCAAGCUCACCGACCCGGACGAGGUGGCGCGUCGCUGGGGCGAGCGCAAGAGCAAGCCCAACAUGAACUACGACAAGCUUAGCAGGGCGCUCCGAUACUACUACGACAAGAACAUCAUGACCAAGGUGCACGGCAAACGGUACGCGUACCGCUUCGACUUCCAGGGCCUGGCGCAGGCCACGCAGCCGCCGUCGGCCGCCGCCGCCGCGGCCGCGGCCGCCGACCCGGCCGCCUACAAGUACCACCACCACCAGUCGUCGGCGAGCGACUUGUUCGGCUACCACACCAGCCCCAAGCUCAACUUCCCCUCCACGACGGGAUCGCUGUUCCCGUCGCCGAGUCCGUACUGGACGUCUCCCAACAACCUGUACGCUUCGUCGCACCACUCCAUGCCCCACCCGGGACACAUCGGCUCGUACCCGCACUACGCGUGA